AUGGACUCGUCUGUGGUUGAUGGAGGAAGAGCUGAGGAAGAGUGUGAGACAGCAGACAGGAAGAGGGACCUGCAGGACCUCCUCAGACAGGAAAUGGACAUGCAUCUUACUGAGGGCAGGGCCAGUGUCCAAAGGAAUCAGGAGAGAGUGAACCGCAUCACACAGCUGAAAGAGGAGAUCAGAUUACAGGAGACACACAGAGAUUCCGGCCAAUCACACGCCACCAGCACGGCGGAUCAUGAGAAACUCCUGGAGCGCAGAAGGAGACUGAGAGAGACUCACGAGAGACUGAUCGAGAACGAACUGAUGAAGAUGGAGAGAGAAUUACAGGAGGAGCAGAUGGGUGGUGUGGAGGGCGAGAUGUCGUACCUGCGCAGAGAGAGACACAUCCUGGUUCUUCAGAUCGAGGCGCUGCGCAGGGAGAACCAUCAGGCGUAUGCAGACCUGGAGACCCAGAGCAGACAACACCAGCAGGAGAUCAACACCCUCAGAGAAGAGAGUCUGCAGGUGUUCAGGGCAUUUCGUGAGGUUCUGGAGGAACAGAGGCAGAUGUCUGAGAGAAGGUACAGGAAUCUGCUGUUAGACGCCAUUCAGGACGCGGUUCAUCUGUCCUCACAAAACCUGCAGCUCCAGGAGGAAAUCCAGCAGCUCCAUGACACAUCUGAUCCAACACGGGAAAAAGAAGUCACUGGAAAAGAUCAAAUCGAGUUAUUUUUAGCUUAA